AGCGCGGCGGCUGCUCCUCCUGUUUCGGUGAAGGUGAAGCCCUAGCCUAGGCCCCAAAGCUUUGUUCGUGUAGGUGAGUGCAGGAAUUUGUGGCUUCAAUCUUAAAGAUGAGUGCUUCUCUCUUACAAGGGAUGUCUGAGACAGAAGAAAAACUGCCUGCAAAACUAGAAGCACCAAAUGAAGCCGAAUAUGAAGAAGAGGAAGAUCUUUCGUGGUCAUCCGACUCUGAAAUCGGUGAAGCGUUGGAUUAUUUGGAUGCCAAGGACGAUGAUGAGGCUGUUGAUGGUGCUUUUACUCUGAAUUCCAGACGCCCCAAUGCUCAUGGAGGGCUACACUCGCGCCCUAAUUCAUCUGCCCUCCAGCCUCUCUCAAAGCGCAGCCAGAAGUUCGCCGGUCACAUUAGAGCUUCCCCUUUAGAGGAGUGGGAAGGAAGGUUGAAUGUUGGUAUGUCAAAUACAGUGACAACUGCUAUUCGUGAAAGCGUUCGGGAGAUGGCCAUUGGAAAGAUUAGAACUACUGAGAAAGCAGAUCGUGCCACUGUUGAGCAGGCUAUUGAUCCCAGAACUCGCAUGGUACUAUAUAAAAUGCUAAACCGUGGUGUGUUCAAUGAUAUCAAUGGAUGCAUUUCUACUGGAAAAGAAGCAAAUGUAUAUCAUGCCACAAAAUCUGACAGUCAGGAACUGGCAAUCAAAGUUUACAAGACUUCUGUUUUAGUCUUUAAGGACCGAGAUCAGUACGUUCAAGGGGAUUAUCGUUUCAGACAUGGAUACUGCAAGCACAAUCCAAGGAAAAUGGUAAAGACAUGGGCUGAAAAAGAAAUGAGGAAUCUUCUGAGGCUUAAGGCUGCAGGAAUUAGGUGCCCAACACCGUUACUUCUGAGACUUCAUGUUCUGGUCAUGGAAUUCAUUGGAAAAGCAGGGUGGGCAGCACCUCGUCUCAAGGAUGCUGCCUUAUCUUUAGAUAAGUUACGUGAAGGUUAUCUAGAGAUGAUACUUGCAAUGAGGACAUUAUACCAAAAGUGCAAACUAGUGCAUGGGGAUCUCAGUGAAUAUAACAUUCUUUAUUUUGAGGGCCACCUGUAUAUCAUUGAUGUCUCUCAGGCAGUUGAUCUUGACCAUCCACAUGCCUUGGAUUUCUUAAAAGAAGAUUGCAAGCAUGUUUCUGUUUUCUUUAAGAAACAUGGAGUAGCUGUUAUGACUGUACGGGAGUUAUUUGACUUCAUAGUUGAUCCAACUAUUGGUGAUGACUCCAUAGACAGUUAUUUGGAAGAGGUUCAAGAAAAUAUUGUGGCAAGAGGAAAUAUCUCUGUGGAGGAUGAAAUUGCCGAUUCUGUGUUUGUGCAGUCAUACAUUCCAAAGACUCUGGGUGAAGUGAAGAAUGUUGAGGAGGAUGUAAUACGGAUAACAAGUGGCAAGGACACUGAAGACAUGUAUUAUAAGACUAUUACAGGAUUAAAGGAGGCUCUUUCUAAAGUAAAAUCUUUGCCAGGGCAAGAACAGCUACACUCACAGGAUGCUAUCAUGAAUCAUGCAGAAGUGUCCCCCAUCCAUCAAGAUGUUUAUUCUAAUUCUCAUGAGUCUGAGUCUGUGUCUGAGGCUGAAUGUGUAUCUGAUUCUGAUUCUGGUUCUGAAUCAGAGUCUGAUUCUCAAACAGAUGAGAAUGGUGAGAACUUUAGUGACAGAAAAAGGAAGGGUUCCUCAUCGGAAUCAAUGGUGCAGGCUACCAUAGAUAAGCGAGCUGCCAGAAAAGAGAACAAAAAGAAAGUGAAAGAAGAGAAGAGGGAAGCUCGGAAAACUAAAAUGCCCAAAGCUGUGAAGAAGAAAGCUGUGCAGAAGGGAAAAAAGAAACUGGCAAGAUCCCACAAGACCAGGUAGUUUGCUGUAAGCUUCAACGUGGGAGGCUCGAAGGUCUUGGGAAAUCAGGCUGUAGAAGUCAUCUAACUCUAUCUGGAAUCAAAAACAAUUUUGCUGCUGCCACCCUUAUUUAAGAGGAAGGGAGGAAAAAUUUUGGUACAGGGGAGCCUUUUCAAUUUGGCGAUUUUUAAAGGCUUCAAUGAAUUUAAUUACAAUAGACCCCUAAGUUAUUAAUCCGUCUUGCGUAAUUUUGUUUUCUUAAUUCCGUUUCCCAAGUUGUGUAUUGGAUAACGACGACUCAAAGGAUUUUAAAUGAAUGAUAGAUUCAAUU